UUUUAUUACUGUUUUGCAUUUGUUCACUGUUAGCAGCAUUUAAUUCAGCUAUUGGCUUGUGAAUCACUUUAGUUUUUUGUUUGUUUUUUACUGCACAGGAAGUGGGGAGAAACAGACAGAGGCAGUUGGUGGGAUCAUGUAGGCUCUUUGUGAUACUCCUGUAAGACAAAGCAGGCCUUUUGGUUCAGUGACCAGAGACUUGACAAUAGAAAUAGGCAUCAAUAAGCAAAUACACUUUCUAAACAAACCCCCAAAACCACAACGAGGAUGCAGGGGAGCUGGAGCCAAUCACAGCAGACCGAUUAGGGCCAAUCAUUGGUCAAUCACAGGGUAGUACCUGAAGUACACACAGGGAGAAGAUGGAUACUGGAACCUAACCCUAUGUUAGCUGCAAAGUUUUUCGCCGGCUAAUCACAGGCGCACUCCCUUGCAUUCUUUCCCGGGGAAUAAACAUAGCGCAGCAGCCGGAGCAGGACUAACCUUCCCGCGGUGCGCACCUCCCAUGGUUCUCCGCUGGAUGCUUGUCUGACAGGAGGGUUACGUCUCCCAUGCUCCCACUGUUUAAGAGGAUUACCGUGCAGGAGGUCCUAGCUGCUCUCAGGUUGGUGUUACUUGGUUGAGGCAACAGAGCCGGGCCCUGACUAAGUGCUGACCAGCGUGACACAGGAGUCCUCCCAGGCAGCAGGGGGAAGCAGUGGACAUGCAGGACUCCAUCUCAGACAGCAAGAUGGGCAAACAGGAUCAGAACUCCAAGCCAUUGGACGAACACAAGGAAACAGAAGAAAUGUCUGAGAAGACGUCACCGAAUAAGAACCUCAGAUCUCCCCAGAAAGGCUCGAAACGACUAAAGACGGUCUCCUUCAAAGUGACGCUGAUGGACUCUUCUGAGUUUGGAGGAGAAGUCGAGAAACACUCAAAAGGACAGACCCUGAUGGACAUGGUCUGUGAGCACCUAAACUUGCUGGAGAAGGACUACUUUGGUCUGACCUAUGCUGACGCAGACACCCAGAAGAACUGGUUGGACCCAUCCAAAGAGAUCAAGAAGCAGCUCCACAACCCUCCAUGGCACUUGGUCUUUGCGGUUAAGUUCUACCCUCCAGACCCAUCCCAGCUCACUGAGGACAUAACCAGAUACUACCUUUGUCUGCAACUGAGAGACGACAUGCUGUCAGGUCGACUGCCAUGCUCGUUCGUCACUCACGCCCUUCUUGGCUCCUACACUGUUCAAGCUGAGCUUGGCGACUAUGACCUGGACGACCACGGCUCCGACUAUGCCAGUGACUUCCGGUUUGCGCCUAAUCAGACUCGCGAGCUGGAGGAGAGGGUGAUGGAGCUCCAUCGAAAUUACAACAAAAUGACUCCUGCCGAGGCUGAAAUGAACUUCUUGGAGAAUGCAAAGAAACUGUCCAUGUAUGGUGUGGAUCUCCACCACGCUAAGGAUUCUGAAGGUAUUGAAAUCAUGCUGGGCGUCUGUGCCAAUGGUCUGUUGAUUUACAGGGACAGGCUGAGGAUCAACCGCUUCGCCUGGCCAAAGAUCCUUAAAAUUUCAUACAAGAGAAGCAAUUUUUAUAUCAAGAUACGACCUGGAGAGUAUGAACAGUUUGAAAGUACGAUUGGUUUCAAGCUUCCUCACCACAGAGCUGCCAAGAGGCUGUGGAAAGUCUGUAUUGAACAUCAUACUUUCUUCCGAUUGGUAUCUCCAGAGCCUCCGCCCAAGGGCUUCUUAGUGAUGGGUUCAAAGUUUCGAUACAGUGGGAGGACACAAGCCCAAACCAGACAGGCCAGCCAGCUCAUUGACCGGCCUGCUCCACAUUUUGAGCGUUCUACUAGCAAGAGGUACCUGCUGUCCAGAAGCUUGGACGGAGAGUUUUCACGGCCGGUCUCGUCCAUGUGUGAGAACCAGGAUGGCCUGUACCAUCGCAGCAUCAGUGAGCAGCGUCGUCUCCACAGCCCUUCUGUGGAUGAGCAAGAGACCGAGCUGGAGCCCAGUGUAGAGCAAGAGGAGGAGGAGGGCCAGGAAAAAGAGCAGGAGGAGGACGAAGAUGGGAAUAUCUCACCAAGUCGGAAAAAAGAGAUAAUGGAGGAGGUUGGGUCUCCAGUUGACAGUAAACAGGAGUUUCUGGACAAGUCUCACGACAUGUUGCUGAAGCACCAGGCCAGCAUCAACGAACUGAAGCGAGCCCUUAAGGAACCCAACAGCAAGCUAAUGAACCGAGAGAAGCGACUGUCUGCAACCUCGCCGACCGGCACGCCAGAGAAGAAAGCUUCGCUGGGCCGAGCAGCUGGAAAGGACCCUUUAAACAGUCUGUCUGUUGAGGGUUACGUCCAGAAGACUGUGGUCACAUCACCUGAGGGCUCUGAGGAGUGGGUAUUGAUUGAAAAACAAGACACUUAUCAACCAGACCUUGAGUGGAAAGCAAAGGAAAGGAACAAAACUCUCUUAUCUGAGUCCUCGUGGGAGAAAAAGGAGCUGGAAAAAGAGAUAGAUGUCGCCAUCAUGGCACAUAAAGAGUUACCAGGGUAUGACAGAAAGGGAUUGAAAAGCCAUAUUGACGAAAAAAAAUCAUUCAGCCAAGCAGGCGAUUGCUCCGAAUCCCUGCCAUCCAGCAAAGGUCGCUUUGUGAUUCAAUUAUCUGAGAGUACAGAUUUGUUGCAGGACAAAUCUAAAGGUAAACCGUGCCUUCCUUCAGAACCUGAGGCAAAAAGCAACCCAUCCUCAGGCGCCCACCAGAUAAAGGAGUGCACAUCAUCCAAACAGAGAAAAAAAAGAAGACCGCUCAGCUUAAAUGUGGGUACGUCUGCAGAGCUUCUGUACAGAAAAGGAGGGAGCGAUUCAAGUGAAGAUGAAUGCUCAGACUCUGACGAUAGUCCAGAAAAAAUGUCACAAACAAGAAAUCACUACGAGUCCGCCGCUGCGUUUCAGAGGGAUGAUCCAGAGCCGGUAAAGAGUCAGUUGGUCAAGGGCUUCAAAGACAAGCUGGAAGAUAUCUGUUCAGCUGAAGCCCAGCACGUGGCCACUCAACAGGCAGAGGAGACAAAGAGAAAAAGAAGUCAGACUGAAAACAAAGAUAUUGAUUUAGGGUCAGUGAACGGACUUGGAAAGAUAGACCACAAUAUUUCAUUUAGUGGUGUCCAAGGAGAACGUGUGAUUAAAAUGCAAGGCAAGGCUCUUAUUGACAAUAAGGAGCUAGCAGAGGUAAAAUUGCGACAGGUCAGGACACACGAGAGAAAGAUCAGCAGCUCUGGGGCAGAGGAUAUUGAAAAUCUGUUGGGAGAGAAAGGUCAAAGGACAUCUCUCCACAGACUGUCCAGCAGCAGCUAUCAGUCAGAAAUCACCCGGAUUGUUCCUCUGAAGCCAGAGAGGUCAAAGAGCAUAGCGUGUAAGGAUGAAAGGGACAGAAAAGGACAGGAAGAAGCCUCUCGGCUCUUCAGAAGGGAAUAUCGCUGGUCUGUUGGCUCCCCGGAAGGAUCCUCAGACCUCACCUGGAGUGAAGUCUCCACCUUCCAGUCAGCGUUUGUGACAAAUGUGGAGAACAGUGCCAAGACUGACAGUAUCCAUCUGUCAGGCAAAGGCCCAUCAGAGAGUCAGUCAUUCACUUCAAAGAUUUCUCCACUUCCAAAAAUGCCUCCUCCAGCACCACCCGUGAAAACACAGAAGGCCAGGGAGUCUGGGCUAAUACUGCGGAACAGUUGGAACGCUGGCAGGGACUCCAGUCUUGAUGCAGCCAAGAAGAGACACUCGGAGCCUGUCACCACCCCCGCCAUCUAUGAAGAGCAAUUUGCUGACUUAAAGAAGGAGUGUAGAGACAGGGGGCCUCAUUCAAGCACAGCCACAGAGGACGAGCAGGAGCGGGACACUGUGGCCUGCAUGAGAGAAUCCCACCUGGGCAUCGAAAGAAAAUGCUCCAGCAUGACGGUCAGCUCCACGUCCAGCCUGGAGGCCGAGGUGGACUUCACUAUCAUCACUGAUCUCCACUCCGGUGUGGAGGAUUUCUCUAAGGGCAUGCCAGAGCUCGGGGACAGGGAGCAACAGCCAGAAGUUGGACGAGAGGACUUUGAGGAGACCUCCAGGUUUUACUCUGCCCGUCUCAUGGGCUCCAGAGACAAGUCUCCUAUAGAGGAAAAGCUUCCUGAGCCUCCGGUGGCAAAGAAAGAACCUAAUGCUGUUUCUGUUGCCCGUAUGCUGAAGAGGGGCGACUCCAAGAAUGAAAGGGACGUACCUGGGAAUGAAACCAAUGUCCAGAGUCACGUUGUCAGAGUCUCACCUCAGAGCUAUAGAGUGAACAGCCCACCAGAGGCUCCUGCUGCCGUGAAAGAAAAUGGCUCCCCUGUAAAAGCCAUCACUCAGAGCAGCCAGGUUAGGGAGACUGUGGACUCUCCGCUGCCCAUCACUGCUGAUAGUGUCACCUCAGCAACUACCACUCAAGUGACCAAGACAGUAAAAGGCGGUUACUCUGAGACCAGAAUCGAGAAGAGGAUUAUUAUUACAGGAGAUGAUGAUGUGGACCAACAUCAGGCUCUGGCCAUGGCCAUCCAGGAAGCCAAGCAGCAGCAUCCUGACAUGUUGGUGACAAAGGCAGUGGUGAUCAGGGAAACGGAGUCUCCCACUGAGGACGUGCUGCAGAGGGCGGAGUCCUGAUUGGUCAUGGUGGCACCUGAUUGGGAGAGGAGCAUUAACAGAGGAAGGCAUGCCCACUGCUGUGCAUGUCUGCUGCCCCACCCUCUAGUACAGCACCUGGAUGACGGUCUUCCCUACUGUGGACACACUGACACAAGAACAGACUGGGCUCCGUGAAGUAGUGAGCUGAUUUUCACUUUUGUCCCUUUAGACAAUUCAACUGUGAGUCGUACUGACCCCCCAACCCCUGCUUUAGCCCUCCAUCUCCUCCUCCUCCUAUUGGAUGCUCAACUCUGCCUCUCCCCCUUGUUUUCAACCCUAACCUUACUGACAUAGUUUUUCUUUUAAUUUAAUCGAGACAUUUCUGAACCCUCAGGUUGCUUUUACGUCCAGUGAACCUCGUGUUUUCAUUUAAGUUCAGAGUUCGUUCCAUGUUGUUGUCAAAUACUGCAUCUUCUCCAUGAUACUGUCAAAUAUGUAAUGUAUAUAAGAACGGAGAACAGUGAGAGAGAGAUCAGCCUUUUUGCUCCUCAGCGCCACCUCUUGGCUGCAACACCUUCAAAUGUAUAUCAACAGCUGUUGUAUUAGCUUUUUACAUUUUUUAUCUUAUAGAAAACCUAAUUUAUGUUGGUGUUUGCUUGUUUAUGAAAUAUGUACAAUAUCAGAUGAUUAUAAUCUGCAUGGUUAAAUUACAAAAUAGAUGAUGGAAUUGGUGAAAAGUCCGUGUAAAGGUCUGAUGAGAAGGGAUGGAUGAAAAUAACUGGUGGAAAAAGCUAAAGAAUAAGAGUUAACUAAUGUUAAGAGUCUCCACAGUGGAAUCUAAGCAGUACACACACACACACACACACACACACACACACACACACACACGUCACAGAUUUUGUUUAGACUAAACUGAUGACACAUACUAAGAUUUGUAGAGAAGUUUGAUUAUGCUUUUUUAUGAUGAGUUUGGAAAAUUUUACCUUUUGUUGUAUUUGUCUUUCUGACAUUUUAGUCUUUACGUAUUGACCUGCUGUCAUCACUAAGUCUCAUUCAAUCACAGCGUUGACAUAUUAUUCUCUAACUGCGCAAAAACUCAAAUCUGACCUGAAAAAACUCAUACGGAUUUGUGGUUUUCAACAUCUGGCUUCAACCCCUUCAGGGUUGAGGUCGAUAAAUUCCCCCCCAAAACGUAGACAGUAUUUCAUCAGAAUUGUCUAGCUGAUACUUAAAUGCAGAGCACAUCUUUGGGAAGCAGUAAGGUGUGUACAGAAAAGUUUUGAAAAUGAUGCCCUACUGUAAUUUCAAUUACAGAUGACCCACACAUGCUUUAAUUCUUAUCUGGAUUAAUCUGAAAAGGUAUUUCUGAAUCAAAAACACUGGAUGAACAUAAUUUAUUUUUUGUCAGAGUGACUUGUUAAAUUAUACUUAAAUGAAUUUAUUAAAGUGCUAAAGUGGGGAUAGUUUUUUACUCCCUCAGAGUACACAAACUAGAGUCUCGCUAAUUUGAUUUUUCAAAUCAGUUCACAUUUUACAGAAGUCUUCGGGAACUUAAUGCCUUUAUUUUACAUUUUCUGUGUAAAUGACUAUCACAAAAUAGACAAAGAGCCUGACCCCUGCUGGACAGUGCAAUAUUUACUUAUGCACCAUCUGCUGCAAAAUUUCACAAAUUCUGACUAUUUAAAUUUUUGACAAAUUGAAUAUGUAUUUUUCAUACAUGUUUUUUUCACAACAUUAUUAUUAUUAACAAAUUACAUUAUUUUUAUACAACAUAACCUAAAUAGUUUGAAUGCUACAAUUAAGAGACACAGAUGUCUAGUCGACUUGAUCUCAUGAAGCCACUACUGUCUUCUGGUCAGUGGUCAUGUGACAAGAAUUUCAAUUUGAUGUUACUGUGGCGGGGGGGAUGCAGCACAAAAGCCUGUAUGUAGUAAGUUACCCUAAUAUAUGUGGAAGAGAGUCAUGCCCCUUUUUUCAUUUAUGAAUUAGUAUCGAUUCUUUAUGAGAGUAAUUGAUACUCAAUUGAUACUCGUGUGAGUAUUGGUAUAUCGAUACCACGGAAUCGAUAUAUAGUCAGCAGCCUGUAGAAUACUCUAAAUGAUUCACAUCACCAGAAGGACACAGAGUCACUGGUAAAGACGAUAGAUUUUCCACAUUUGCCACGACUUGGACUUUUUACAGUCUAACUCCUUCUCUUGACUUGAAAAAGUGUCGACCUGCUGUAAAUGUGUCAAUGGAAAUGUGAUAUCUACACUGGUGUUCCCCUGUUGUUUUUGGUCCCUUGAGUCAACAUGGUCAUUUGACACUGAACUGUUUAGAUUUACUUUGAGAAAAUGUUGAAAAUGAAACUGACCUCUUUUAUUACCUCUAGUAUUGGACAUUACUAAAAGUGAGUUGGCGAGUUGAAGGAUGGUAGGGGCCUGUAUUUUACAUACAGUAUAUAAAUAUAUAUUUAUAAGUAUAAAACCACCCAUACUUGUGUGUAAGCUAUGUAAAAAAAACUGACAGCAGCAGAAAAGCAAUCGUAAGUUCAAGGGUAGAAGGUUAUGGACAAUUGAGCAAUAGAAGUGUCGUGCAUGUGGGUGCCUUAUGUUUGGAAUCACGGCUGUGAGUCGUCAGUUACAAGGGGUCAGCUGAAAGUGCAAUUCAUCACCAGUAGAUGGCGAAAUGACUCUUCCUGUAAAGGAAACGUGGAAUUGAGCAGUGUCGAAAUUUACAUUAGUUGAUCCACAGUGAAGUUUUUAUAAAAAUCAUUUCCUGGACAAAGACCGUAAAGGUCUCACACAGCGCCAGGUAUAAAUUCACUCCAUGUUUUCUGUUGUUUAGAUUUUUUCCUUCUUGCGCAUUGUGUGCACUACAAUUUCACCUCUACCUUCAAUUAUCCACGACCUUUUGCUCUACAUCUCCCUCUAGUGCUCAAUGGUGUGUAUUUACUGUAUUUGCAUUCAACCUAAAUGGGAAACAUACAUGCAUAAAUAAAUGUCAAUGUAUUAUUUAAGUGCACAAUGUC